CAUUACAUUCACCACAUUAUUUUUCCAGGACUGCUGUAUACUGCUUGCUUCACCUGCCACAGUGAAGUCUAUCCAUCUAUCGUCUAGCUAUGUGGCCAUGUGGUGGGGGUAUGAUGCUGGAGAUAAUGGCCGACAGUACAGGACACCGUACUCUACGGGCAAUACAAAUACGAUAAAUACUUAAAACUUGCAUAGCGGGAUGAUCACUGAACACUCGGAAGAAAUAUGGAAACUUCACACACAGAAAGGAAACAGGAUCCGAAUCGUCACCAUAAAAGUAUAAGGAAACAGUGAUACACACCAAGACACCGUCAUUAGAUCAAAACAGCUGGCGUGCAGCUAUUGGCUGCCGUGGGGGGCGCUGUGAUACGUAAAGACUCACGUUCACUUCCGCACUCGUGCGCGGUCACGUGCGGAAAUAGUGUCCGUGACGUAGUCUCCAUGACGACACGCGCUGUGUUUAUCUGCCGGGAAAGUUAAAUUACAUUAAGUUAGCUUGCUAGCUAAUUAUGCGCAAGAAUGCAACGGAAUAAAAGUUUGAAGGUUAAAGAGGUGAUCGAAUCUCUUUGUAAACUUCUGUGUGCGCUGGGAGUUCAGUCUGUCCCCGGAGCAGAGACCUUCAGACGGGCUAAAUUCAACAAGCCGGAUGCGGUACCGGAGAUGUGGCAGCUGCUGUACAGUAUUUAUGUGAAGGCUUUUCAGUUUGACUGCGAAUUCCAGGUCCCACAUAAGCCCGAUCUAGGUGCUCAGGUAAGCCUAGUGAGGAGCAUGCUGGUGCAUUAUGGGUAUGGAGCCCAGAGGCUGUGUGGUGACAGGAGCCAGUGGGAUGAAGUUGGAAGCCGUGACCUGCUGCUUGCCUUGGGCUGGCUGCUGUCAACAGGAAGCCUGUUGGAGAGCCUUCUGUGGGAGGCAGUGCAGGGCCCAGAUGUUCUGCCAGGAGUCACCAGAAUGUCUUUCACAGUACCCAGCAGUUUGGAUGCACCUGUUACCCUGAAAGGAGAAGAAGACCCCCCCCUAGGGACAGAGGAGUGGGAGCGCGCUCUGAGAAGGCUGCAGUGGCAGCGUGGGAAGUUGACCUUCAUGAGACGCUCCCUUCUGGCUGCACAAGAGGAGAGAGCCAGGGUUCUACACCAGGUCCUGCACUCCACCAGGUGCACUGGUGACUCUCAGCACCGUGAUGCGAAGACCCACCUCAGCACAGCUGCCGCAGGGCGCAGCAAGGAGCUGGAGAGGUUGCAGAUGGGAACCCGCAUCCUGGAGAGAUACCUGGACUGGAAGCUCUUAGAAGGCCUGUUCUGGAGUUGGAUGGGCAGCGUGAUUGAUGCCCAGCUGGCCGAUCCCCCCCCCUCUGUUCCAGAGGAGGCCGCCACCACUGAGUCGAAGACCUCGGCCAGUGGCGGGGGCUGCCGGCAAGUGGGAGGGCCCAGGGGAGACGUGGAGUGCCUCUCUGCAAAGCUGUACUCGCUGCUGUCAGAGAUUAGGGGCAUGUGGGCGGAGCGAGGGAGAGGAGCCCCACCCAGAGAGAGACUGCAGGAUGUUGCUGGGAUCCCUCAUGUAGAGCAGGCUGAGAUCCAGGGGAGAGUGAGGGCCAGAAUGCAGGACCUUGCAGAGGCCUACACUCCCACCAAGUUGACGACGAGCUACAGGCCGCGUCUUCACGAGCCCCCAUGCUCCCAGGCCGACGCCGGAUCGCGGCGCACAAGGUGUCGCGGUGGCGCCCUGGCUUCUGAGCUCAUAGCGGAGCUGCGAGAGAAAGAAGCCGUGUUACUGCGUGAACUGGGCCGAUUGUGGCGGGGGGAGAGGGAGGAGAUACUGGAGCAGGCGAGCAAACUGGAGGGCGUAGUGCUAAUCCCCCCUCCGAAGAGAUGACAACUUCUCAUCAUGUGUUUCCGUUGUUAUGUGGGGAAAAAAAAUAGACAUUAACAUACCAGUCCUGCAGUCAACACUCAUCUCUUUGCCACAGGAGAGAUCCAAAAGACCAACAUUAGCUUGCAAAAGAGAAAGAAUGGCAGCCUAUCUAGUGUAGUUUUGUUUAUUUUAUUCUAUUAAUUUCCAUACUAAAACGAGCACCGUUUUCAAACUAAAUUGUCAAGCAGGUUAAGGUUUCUCAUACCUGUUUUAACUCCUGUUUAUGAAGCAGUCCUCAGUCUAGUUAGGUAAAGUUGGUCAUCCACUGAAUAUUUUAUCCAAUUAAUUUGAUAGCCAUCAUCAUUAUCGCCCCGCGAUGGAUUGGCGCCCCAUCCCAGGUUGUUCUCUGCCUCGCGCCCGUAGCCUCCGGAAUGGGUUCCGGACCCCUAGAACCCUGAACAGGACAAGCAGCGUCAGUAAAUGGAAAAUGGACCUUCAUCAUUAUUGUACAUCUCGACAAGAAAAUUUGUUUUGCAACAGAAGCCAUAUUUGUUUUUUUUAGAAAAAAUUAUAUAUAGAUUUAAAACAAUUUUUAAGUAUUCCACUAUGCAAAACUUUAACUUGCAGAUUUCAAAAAUGCCCAUGAGAGAUGCCCCAAUUGUAUGUCGCUUCAGACAAAGCAUUUGCUGAAUAAAAUGUUAAAGUAA